AUGACCAGCAAUCACUCGCCCGGCCCGCUAGACAACAUCAACGACGACGAAUGGACCGCACUGCUUGCAGGUGACGCGGGCCUGGGUCUGCAUGACUUGGGCUCUGACUUCGAUUUUCAGUACACUGACCCUGCUGCACAGGACGACGGCAACCCCUUCUACUCCCUUCUCGCUGACGCUGCGGAUCCAGUUCAGGCGAAUCAGCCACUUGAUUUAUCGACCUCCCAAGCCAACCAUGCGAUCUAUGCACCCACAGCGGAUCAGAGCACUGUGGCUUACUCUUCCGGUUCUGGUUAUGUAUACCCUGUGGAUGAUUUGCUUUUCCCUCCGCCCUCCAAUAACGUACACUUUGCUGUUCCCGACAAGUCAGAGACACCCGAUACCCCUAGUCGAUAUGAAACUCGCAGUUCGACGACUCUCAAGCCCCCCGCUGGUCCAGCAGCGAGCAUCGUCACGCUCGACACUGACGAUAGCAGGCGGCGGUCAUCCACUGCCAGCACCAGCGACGAUGCUGGAGCAGAGUUGGACAGGGCCAGUCGCAACUUCACGCGAGAGAAGCCAAAGUACGAUCCAAAGCACCCGUGGCACCGCAUCAACACCACGACGCAGGGGCUGACCAAGCGAUCCGGCAAGAUCAACCAGUAUUCGGCCGAGGAGAUGUACAAGCAAAACAUCAAAAACACCUUUGAGUCCUGGACCUCGCCCAGCCACCGGUUCGACUAUCUCGCUCAUGGAGAGCUGGCGAAGCUGGAGUACUCGGCCGACGAGAUCAAGGAGUUCGUCUACCAUCAUCCGGUGUCGAGGCACAGCAAGCUUCGCAUCUGGAUCCAGAAGACGCCGGCCGACUCCUGCCGUCGCUACCCCAGCGCCACCCUCUCCAAGUGCCGGUUCAAGCAAUGCCCUCUCCGCAGGGAGAACCUGAACGGCACGAUCCAGCCCGGCCACAUGCGCGUCGCCUUCGACGAGCGGUCGGCCAAGUACGGGGACAGGGCGGACCCGUUCUACAUGGCGGCCAACUUCCACCUGUACUGCUUCGAGCAGCUGCUCGACCUGCCCGACGUCUGCGCGCUGCAGAACGUCGAAGUGCUGGCGGACACGCGGCAGCUGAUGAGCGAGCCCAACAUGAAGUGGAACGCCUCGCUGUCCAACGUCAAGGAGGGCGUCGUGGCCAAGCGCUUCAUCGAGUCCUGCCGCAAGGGCCGCACCGCCCCCAUCAAAGGCUUCGACGGCUAUCCUCGCGGCCUCCAGCCCGGGGCCACGGUCAAGCCGCACGAGCUCACGCUCAACCACCGCAUGCAACAGGCCAAGGAGGGCGACCGUGCGCGGUCGGCAAAGGAGUCGCUCGCGCGACGCCCGCAACGCCCGACCCAACUCAACGUCAACCUGGGCGACCUUGAGAUGCUCGUCAGGGCAAAGGUGGCCGCCCGCAAGCCGCCGCCGAAGCCCAAAGACCGCCGCCGCAAGCGCAAGGGCGAGUGGUUCCCGCACUUCAGCGACAACGAGGACUCGGACGACAGCAACCAGUACAACCCGGACUCUCCAGCAGAGCCGCGGCCGCCGAUGCGCAAGAAGCGCCGGACUACUAACGACGGCGGUGUGGUGGUGCCAGCUGUGGCGGCGGACCCGGCCUAUGCGCAGCCGCGCACUGAUUGGCCCUCCAGCUACAACACCGCCGACGCGUCACUGCUCGGCUACGGCGGCGGCGGACAGUACGCGCGGCCCCAAUAUGCAACAGACGACGACGCGAGCUUCGACCAGCUCCUUCAUCCUGUUGCCGCCUUCGCCGCUACCGACGCUUCAACAAGCGCCGCCACCGAUCCUAACUAUCCUACUCUGUCCACCAACAACACGGGUGCAGGACACCCAGCACUUAAUGCCAACCGCAGUGACACUGAAAUUUCCGCCGCCGCCGCCGCCGCUGCCGCCAUCGACCCCAACCUUGACGACAUCGUCUUCGACUUCGACUUUGCCGCCGCCGCCGCCGCCCCAGAGCCGGCGGUACCAGACCAUCCGCCAAUCACCACCACCACCUCUCCUCCCACCACCCAAACCCAAACCCACACCCACACCCAACCCCCCACCCGCCGCUCCUCCAUCCCCAUCCCUCCCACCUUCCCCCUCAACCCCGCCUUCUCCCUCUCCAACCCAAAGAAGCGCUCCGCUCCCGCCUCCGACGACGACCUCGACGCAGCCCGCCGGCCGUCCUCAUCAUCGUCGCGCGCCACCCCCGCCACCAAGCGCCGCCGCCUCGCCUCCGCCGUCAGCACCGGCUCGUCGUCGCUGUCGUCGCUGCCGUCGUCGAAGAUCAGCCCGAAGAGCCAUCGCGGGCGGGUUGGCGGCGGCGGGGAGGUGCUGACGCCGAGGACGCCGCGGAGGAGGAGUUCGAGGUUGAGUUCGAGGGUUGGGAGUGGGAGUGCUGGGAGUGGUCAGGGGGGGCGAGAGGGGUCGGGGUCGGGAUCGUUGGAGUCGCGGUCGUUGGGGUCGUUGGGGUCGCUGGAGAGUUUGUUUGGCUUUGGGGGGUGA